UUCCGGGUCGGGUUUGAGUAAACUGCCGGAAAAGCUGCCCGAUUGAUUCCGCUCGGUCAAGUCUGAACUCUGAAGCAGCAAUCCGUCUCUCUUGCUCAUCGAAAGCUUAAAGCCGUAAGCCGUCGCCGGAGAUAAUCACUCUACACAUUCUACUCAGAUUUCCGAUUCUCCAUGGGCCAAACCUCGUGGCGGAGGAGAGAGCUUGUUUUCCUCAUCCUCUAUGCCGUUGCUUUCUAUGCUUUCAUUAUUCAUCGCUCUCUCAAACUUUCCUCCGAUCAUUUUCGCAAUCUCCGUGGUUUAGGUUCUGGAUGGAUUGGUGGACGCCUUAAUGAUGUCUCUGAUGCUCAAUGGAGAAAUACUCGUGGGAACUUAUCAAUUCUUACUUUUGUUUUCGGAAUAUUUACAUUGGUGGCGAAUGUGCUUAGGGCAAGUUAUCAUCUACAAGCAAGAGGGAUGUCCAUUGUCUGGCUUUUAAUUUCUCUAGCUUAUAUUUAUUAUCUACAUGGAGCAUGCACCAUUUUUAUCAUUCUCAUCGCUUCGACAAAUUUUCUAUUAGUAAAGACAUUUGGACGGACAAAGUAUUUCUUAGUGCUUGUUUGGAUUUUCAACUUAUUUUUUCUAAUUUAUAACCGUCUUUCUGAAGGAUACAGAUUCUCUAGUUUUGGGAAUAAUUGGGCUUUUCUGGACAACCAUCGGGGUGCAUUUAGAUGGCAUAUCUGUUUUAAUUUCGUGACUUUGCGAAUGAUAAGCUUUGCACAUGACUACCAUUGGGCACAUAGUUCUCGUUUUGAUCAGAAGAAGCAUGUGCAAACUUGUGCUAUUUGUUCAUCUGGGAAAACAUGCUACCUGUUGCUACAGGAGAGAAGUGUCCAGAAUGACAAAUUCUCGUUCGGCAUAUACCUAUGUUAUUUAUUAUUUGCUCCUCUCUACAUUGCUGGACCCAUCAUAAGCUUCAAUGCAUUUGUUUCACAGUUGGAUUCACCUCAGAGGAAUUAUUCGCUGAGAGAAGUAGCUUGGUAUGGCGUACGAUGGUUUUUCUGCCUUUUCCUAAUGGAAUUGAUGACUCACUUUUUUUACUAUAAUGCCUUCGUUAUCAGUGGUUCUUGGAAACAGUUGUCUCCUACAGACAUCUUCAUCAUUGGCUAUGGAGUCUUAAACUUCAUGUGGCUCAAGUUUCUUCUAAUUUGGCGCUUCUUCCGGUUCUGGGGUCUGAUCAAUGGCAUUGAUGCUCCCGAGAAUAUGCCAAGGUGUAUAAAUAACUGCCAUAACCUUGAAAGUUUUUGGAAAAGCUGGCAUGCAUCCUUCAAUAAAUGGCUUGUCAGGUACAUGUACAUUCCUCUUGGUGGUUCUGGAAGAAAGCUUCUCAACGUAUGGGUGAUCUUCACAUUUGUUGCCAUAUGGCAUGAUCUAGAGUGGAAGCUACUUUCAUGGGCAUGGUUAACCUGUGUGUUCUUUGUCCCCGAAAUGAUUGUAAAAUCAGCCGUCAAUACUUUCCAGGUGCGAACUGCUUUCUGGACGUUUGUUUCUCGUGAACUUAGUGCAAUUUCCGGGGCUAUCACAAUAACGUGUCUCAUGGUGGCUAAUCUCGUCGGCUAUGUAAUUGGACCAUCGGGGAUCAACUGGUUGGUUUCUCGGUUCCUCCAAAGAGAAGGAAUUUCUACUCUCGCUGGCAUGUUUGCGACGUUUUAUGUGGGUACCAAGGUUAGCUCCCGAAACAUUUCACUAAGUUUAGAUGCUUGUGAAGCAUAUCUAGCAAAAAUUGUUAAUUCACAUCAUCUUCUUGCAGCUAAUGUUCCAUAUUCGUGACGCCAAGCAAAGGAAAUAGUACAAACUUGGAACCGCUGAAGAAGGAAUUUGUUCGGCUGUCCGAGGUAGAAAUUCAUUUUCCCAGAACUGUCAUUUGUAUUGAAAAUUGGCAACAACUAAUUGAAGCUUACAAUAAUAGAAAAACAAAAUUGUUCCAAAGAAUAGCUUUAUAAAACAUUUAGCAUAUCUUUCAAUUGGUUAGGAUACAAGAUCUUGGAUCAUACAUAGGCGUUUAAUAGUCCUUAGGCUGUUCCACUUCAACAACUAACUUUUGUUUAUUAGAUGAUGUUUCCCGAGGUAGAAAUCAUAGGGCAAAAUCAUCCCAAGAGACGUGGAUGAUUGUUAUAUUUUGUUUAUUUUUAGACCAAUAUUUUUUUUACAUGAGAAUCAAACUUUGAGAUAUGUAACAUCUUUAAGUUGUUAUGUUAUGAUCGAAUUGAUUACAUGAUCUCAUUUGAGAAGCAUGAGAUUCAAUAGUAGGGUUUAAGAACACGUCUCACUAUAUGCUCCAUGUGUUGAAUCUAUUAAUCAACUUGCUAC